UGUGGAUCUUCUAUUAUGAUUGAUUAAAGAAAAGAAAAAAAGAAGAAGGUGGAGAUGGGGUUGCCUUUAUAUACACAUAAAUUGAUAUCUGUAAGUUUGUCUGUGUGAUUGUGUUAGCUUAGUGCCUAAGUAUCCUCUUCCUUCAAAUUCCUUUUCUUCCUUCUUUUUUAAUUUGAUAAAAAGAAAAUCAUGUCUUAUGCACUCAAUAAGAUUUCUCACUUACGAAUCCCAUAUGAAGAUCAUAUCGAAUCGGCUACCGAUGACAUGGAUGAUGAAAAUAUCAUUAGCGAAAAUGACGAAUGUGUAAGUUACAGAGGACAACUUUUGUGGUCCGGAGAGUUGAUCGAUAUAGUUGCACAAGAAUAUGAUCGUCAUCUUUCGGAAGGAAUCUCCAAGUUCGAGGCCAAUGCUUUAAUACUUUCUGGUCUGAAGCAUAAAAAUAUUGUCUCUUUUGUUGGGUUCUGUGAGGAUCCAUACUGGGUUAUCAUCGUAACCAAGUAUGAGGUCAACAAAAGUCUCGAUAUGUAUUUAAGUGACUCAAGAAGCCUCUCAUGGAUGAAAAGAUUGCAGAUAUGUGUUGGUGUUGCGCAUGGAUUGAGCUACCUUCAUUACGAGGAGGGGCGUGAUUAUAGUGUCAUACAUUGCAACAUCAAAAGCUCUUCAAUUCUGUUAGAUGAAAACUGGGAGCCCAAAAUAACUUUUUUUGGAAAUUCUAUAAGGACUCCAGUAGCUCAAAGGCAUCGUCUUCUCCAUGCUAAACAUUCUGGUACAGUAGGAUAUAUGGACGCAAUAUAUGAAAAGACUAAAGGUGUGACCCACAAGGUGGAUGUAUUCUCCUUCGGCGUGGUCCUAUUUGAAGUUUUGUUUGGGUGGGAAGCAUCAAGUCCGAAUGAGGAGAACGAGUCAUUAGUACAAUCGGCAAAAUUCCAUUAUGAAAAGGGAACACUGGAAGAUAUGAUUAGUACUGAUCUAAGGGAAGAAAUGGAUGACCAAUCAUUCAACAUUUUCUCAGAAACAGCAUAUUGUUGUUUGAAAGAGCAGCGAGCACAACGCCCAAAUAUGGAUCAAAUUGUCAAACGUCUAGAGAAAGCGUUGGAACUUCAAAAGAAAUUCGAAAAUCAUGAACAUUCAAGAGAUGCAAGUGAAGGUACAUCGAUGGAUCGGUUGAAGGGGAAUGAUUUUGAACACUUGAAGAUUAAACUAAGUGAUUUAGAGUUUGCCACAGAGGAAUUUUCUGAAAAAUUUUGCAUCGGUUCGGGAGGAUAUGGCAAAGUGUACAAAGCGAGGCUUCAAUUUGAUGGGAAAAGUUAUUCGAAAAUAGAAGAGAAGAAUGAGGGUGAAUUUCCUAAUAAGGAUAAAACUGUAGCUAUAAAGCGCAUCUUUAGUAGAGCAGACAAGCAGGGUGAAGAUGGGUUCAUUGCUGAAAUUGAAAUGCUUAGUAGUUUUUUAUUUGAGAUCUUGUGUGGAAGGGUGGCAUAUGAUCCAAUUUAUUUGGAGGAGGAUGUAAAAGGACUGGGACCCAUCGCACGACGACGCUUCCAGGAAGGAACACUUAAGGAAAUGAGAGAUCCCAACCUGACGGAAGAAAGUGAUGAAAUAUUUUUUACUCAAAAUAGAGGACUCAAUGAAGAUUCUUUAGCCACAUUUUCAGAAAUUGCAUACAAGUGUUUGGCAGAAACUCAAGCUGAACGUCCAACAAUGGAAGUCGUCAUCGAGGAACUUAAGAAAGCAUUAUCUUUUCAAGAAAACCAAACGGACAACCUCAAAUUUUCACUUGAAGACAUAAAAUUGGCAACAGAAAACUUCAGCAAUAGCCUUGGAGAAGAAGAAUGUUGGGGGAUAUACAAAGGAGAAAGAAUUGCCCUUCAAUGCUUACAUGACAAGAGAGAAGAAAGGCCAACGGCAGGUGAAGUGUUAAUACAACUUAAGAAAGCAUUGGAAUUCCAAGAAGAUUAUGAAAUGUGGGAGCCCAAACUGCCUAAAGACUACAAAGAAAUAAUACUGAUGUCAAAAACCCCCGACGUCUACUCUAUGUCAAAGAAAAAAGAUAUCUACAAUAUGCUCUUGAAAGGAAUCCUCGUUCAAGAGGGCAACGUGUGGUUUUCAAUUGGAAAAAAUGGAGGAAGAAAUGAAAUGUUAUCAGCCAGAAACUUUUCAUACAAAAACCGUUGGUCACGUAAACGGCGAUAUGUUCCACAAUCUAGGUUUCAUAAAGCAGCAGAGAUGUUAGACAUCUCGAAUCUUAAUAUCCAAAUAAAGAUAAAACCUCAAUUUUUGUCUCCGGAUGUCAAUUAUGGCGUUUAUCUUGUCUUUAGAUUUUCUGGUCCAACAAAAUCAAAAGUUAAACGGAUAGUUUUCAAAGAUGCUAUUGUGAAAGCCGUGUCAUCCAUAUUGAAGGCAUUGAGUUUCGAGCCAUUGAUAAUGUGA